CGUCCAGGCCAAGUCAACAAUCACAUAUCCAACAGUAUCCACGACAUGGGUGACAGGAAAAAUUGCAACAAUAACGUGGGUUAACGAUGGCGCAAUUACAGAAAACACGACUCCACUGGUACUUCUGAAUGGUCCCGAGAAUAAGCUGAAACAAGUUUUCACUAUAGCCGAUUCGGUUGACGUCAGAAAAUUGAUCUAUAAUUUCACCGUACCUAAUACUAUUGACAGUGGCAGUGACUACACCGUCCGGAUCGGUGUUAAGGAACCGAACUAUUCUGCUCGAUUCACAAUUACAAAUAGUGGUAGUAGUAAUAGUACUACUACGACGAAGCCUACCAACAAACCUACUGCUACAUCAACAA